ACGUCUUAUCUUCCUUCAGAUAUCAGCAAAAUCGUUUUUGUUGGAAAAUCAAACAUGCAUUCUAUUAAGGCUGAUGACUUAAGACUUGGCGAGGUACUUGGCGAAGGAAAUAACGGAAAAGUUUUUAAGGCCAGAUGGCACACAAAAGAUGUUGCUGUAAAGGAAAUAUUUCUACAAAAUAUAAACAAGUCUACUGAUAACGAGAUCACAGAACUUUUACGUGCAAAUCAUGAAAAUAUAGUGUUUUUGCAUGGAACUGCUAUAAAGGACAAUAGACUUUACCUAGUAAUGGAACUAGUGGAUGGCGGAUCUCUAGAAAAUUUGAUAUAUUCCGAACAGAUAAAUUAUGACCUAGCUCAUGUUAUAAACUGGGCUCUUCAGAUAGCUAAGGGCAUUCAAUACAUGCAUUCCAAGAAGCUAGUUCACCGCGAUAUUAGACCGUACCAUAUUUUGCUAUGUGAUAGUUAUCGACAUGUGAAGAUUUGUGAAUUUUCGUUUGUGAGAUCCCUGGGUACAUCGAUGACAAAUAAUAGGGGCACUGCUACCUAUAUGGCACCAGAGGUUUUUAGAGGUAAAAAAUAUACCGAGAAAUGUGACGUUUACAGCUAUGCAAUAGCUUUGUGGGAAAUGUUAUCGCGAGACAAGCCGUAUAACAGCUAUGACACGAACCUACAAAUAUCCAAAGCAGUUCUAGAUGGCGAAAGUCCUUCCUUAGAUGAUAUAAAAAUUUCUUGUCCGGAGAAAAUAAAGGAACUAUUGACCAGCUGCUGGAGUACCGAUCCAAAUGAACGUUAUUCCAUGACUCAAAUUAUUGAUGUGCUAAGUGAAUACCCUAUAGUCGUUGAGCAGCUGAGAUUGUAAAAGAAAAAGUCAACACCAUGAUUGAACACAUAUUCCUUUAUUAUUAAGUCAUUGUUUAUUUACUUUUGACAUAUUUUCUGCACAUAAUAUUUUCAUAAGUGCCCCAUAUAUACAUAUAUUCUCAUUUUUUCUAUUUUGAAAUACAAAUACACUAAUAAAAUUGCGAAAUGAGUAAAAUUUCAAUAAAAUCAAAUUUAAGCCAAGAUGACUCUAGUAGUAUCGACGUGACAUCCAUAUUUCCGAAAGCAUUGCCAGAAUUUAAAGUGGGGCCUGUCUAUGAUGAGUGUGGCUUUACGCUCAAUGAGAGGUUGGCUUUAAGACAGGCCUGGAAGCUAAUUAAACCAUUCGAGCGUCGUUAUGGAAAGGAAAUUUACUUUGAAUAUCUGAUGGAAAAUUAUAAAGUUACUGACAAUUUUCGGAUAAAAGGUAAAUUGGAUAUGCAUCGUUUGCAUGGUCAUAGUUUGGCUUUCAUGCGCUAUUUGAAUGCCGUAAUCGAGCAAAACGACCCGGUAUUCUUUCAAAAUAUGCUCUUCGACAAUCAUAAUAUACACAGCCGUUGUCAAGUGUCUCUAACUCAUAUGAAGGUGCUGUUGGAAGAUCUAAUUCAAUAUGUUCUAGAAAAACUAAAGGAUGUUUGUUCGGCUUCGUUGGAGAGCGGGUUUCGACGGCUUUUGGAAAAGUUUCAGUUCGAUCAGCCCGAAAAAUCAAAUAGUUUAUUUAAGCGCGAUGCAAGCGAUGAUGAAUAAUAAAUUAUGAAAUCACUCAUACGCCAUAUAGAA